AAAUUUACUCCUAAAUUGAAUUUCUUUUCAUAACUGUAAAUAUUAUAGAUUAUAAUGUCUGCUGAAUAAUGCAUAAAGUUGUUGGCAUGUUGCUCUCUUUGUGUCUUCUCGUUGACUAACCAAACAUUUUAGUCUUUCAUCUUUAUCUCAUUUAGAAGAAUAAUUUAAUUAAAAUUACCAAUCAAUACUACAAAUGUCCUGUAUCUCUUUGACCCUCUCUUCUUUUGAUCUCUGAGUUCUCUUUCCUUUUCUUUCUUUCCGUUCUAAUCUGUCUGAUACCGAAUCUUUCCUUGUGCUUGAGAAUGGCAGACGCUGCUGGGAAUGCUGUUAUAGAAGUUGGAAAGUGCUUAAGUGCUCCGAUUGGCCGUCAGUUUAAGUACUUGUACAACUACAAAACCAACUUUCACAAUCUUAAAAAAGAAGCUGGAAAGCUGGAGGAUGCAAGAGAGGAGGUGAAGGCUAAGGUUGUUGCUGCUAAAAAAAAUGUGGAAAAGAUCAAACAGACUGUUGAAGACUGGCAGGGGGAUGUGGAUUCCACCAUCGAAGAAACACGCAAGCUGAUUCAAGAGAAAUCAAACAGCAGUUGUUUCAACUUGAUCACUUACCACAAAAAUGGCAGGAAAGCAUGGAAAAAGCUGAACGCUAUAACUGAACUUCUUCAGGAAAAAGAAAAAUUUGCUGGAGUUUCUCAUCCUACCACUCGUGAACACAAUCGGCUCACUAACAUAGAUUAUGAGGAAUUUGAAUCAAGAAGGUCAGUUUUCAACGAUGUGCUGAAGGCAUUAGAUGAUCCUGCGGUUGGAAUUAUUGGGGUUUAUGGAAUGGGUGGAAUUGGUAAAACCACACUGGUCAAAGAAGUUGGUCAACAAGCCAAGAAUAACCCGAAAUUGAAUGAGGUGGUUUUCGUAGAGGUAUCCGAUAAACCAGAUACUAAAAAGAUUCAAGAUGAACUUGCGCGUCAGUUAGGUGUGAAAUUUGAGGAGGAGGCUGAACGAGCGAGCAAGUUGUGUGCGAGACUGAAGAAUGAUACGAAUGUGCUUGUAAUUUUAGAUAAUAUAUGGGAACAAUUAGAUUUGCAGGCUCUCGGUAUUCCUUGUGGAAAAGACCGUGGGGGAUGUAAAUUAUUGCUGACAGCAAGAGAUCUUACGGUAUUACGGAGUAUGGAUUCUAAGAAUAAUUUCUUGAUGGGUGUCUUAAGGGAAGAAGAAGCUUGGAGCUUGUUUAAGAAGAUGGCAGGUGAUAUUGUUGAUCAAACAAAUAAGCUGGGUUCUCUGCCGAAUGAAGUAUGCAAUGAAUGUCAGGGUUUGCCAAUUGUUAUUACUACCAUAGCGAGAGCAUUAAGAAACAAGCAAAGUUGCUCUGAAUGGAGAGCUGCCAGGCGAAAACUAAGACAGCCUUCUCCAACAGAGUUUGCAGGUGUGCUAGGAAAUGGAUAUUCAAAGAUUGAGUUGAGUUACAAUUAUCUAAAAAGCCACGAGCUCAAGAAAACUUUGCUAAUUUGUAGCCUAAUGAAAAAUAAUACUACCAUUUCAUACUUGUUCAAACUCAUUAUGGGCUUAGAUAUAUUGAAUGGAGCUAACCUUUCUAUUGAACAAGCACGAGAUGAGGUAGCAAGUCUUGUUGGUGAACUCAAGUAUUCUUGUUUGUUGCUUGAUGGUUCAACCAGUGAACGGUUUUCCAUGCAUGAUGUUGUUCGUUCAGUUGCCAUAAUAAUUGCAUAUAAAGAUCAUGUAUUUACAGAGCGAAAUGACUUUAGGAGGGAAUGGUCAAAUGAAAAACAAUUGAAAAAAUGCACUAUGAUCUCACUAGCUGAUUGUCAUAUGAUUAGUGGGAUUUUGCCUUUGAAUUGUCCAAAACUUAAAUUUUUCAGUUCAAGGAUGGACAAUCCUUUUGAAAUCCCUGAAAAUUUUUUUGAGAAGAUAACAAACCUCAAGGUUCUAAGUUUCUUUUACUUGAAGGUAUCGUCCUUGCCAAAGUCCCUUGGUUUUCUCAUAAAUGUUCAAACGUUAUAUUUGGAUUUUGGCAAAUUUUCAGAUGUAUCAAUCAUUGGAAAGUUGAAAAAACUAAACAUUCUUAGUUUGCGAUGUUGUCGUAUUAUACAGUUGCCUGGAGAAAUAGGUAACUUGACUCAGUUACAGUUUUUAGAUUUAAGUUAUUGUGUGCAACUAAAAGUUAUUGUACCAAAUGUUAUGUCAAGCUUAUUGCAAUUGGAAGAAUUGUAUGUGAGAGGAUGCUCAAUUUUGUGGAAGGCUGACGUACUUGAAGAGUUGAAGGGUUUGUCCAAAUUGACAACUUUGGAAAUAGAAAUUUCAGAUGAUCAAAUUUUGCAAGAAGACUUCUUCUCCAAAAAGUUUGAAAGGUAUAAUAUAUCAAUUGGAAAUGGGGCUACUGAAUUUGGUGAGUCCUUAAUAACGGGUGAUUGGAAGCUAAUGGCUGUUGAAAGUUAUUGGCUAAUUGAGCGUGCUGAUUUAAGAAUGCUGAAACUGAAUCUUAAUUCUUUCAUCUGUCAUGAGGAAUUGCAGUUGUUAUCAAAUGUUGAGUUCUUAUGCGUAGACAAAUUGCAGGGUAUCAAGAAUGAUCUCUCCGAAUUAGACAAGAAGGGUUUUUCUGAAUUAAAAUAUCUCUAUGUCCAUAAUAAUCCUAACAUUGUUUGCAUUGUUGACUCAACAAAGUGCAUUUCUCAUAAGGUCUUUCCACUCCUGGAGUCUCUGAUUGUUUUCAAUUUGAUUAACUUGGAAAAGAUAUGCUAUGGUCCACCCUCAACAGAGUUUUUCUACCACUUGAAAUUUAUAGAAGUGAAAGGCUGUGAUAAGUUGGAAAAUAUCUUGUCAUUCUCCAACGCUAGCAAAAGCCUUUCACAACUUCAAUUAAUUAAGGUGGAAGAUUGCAAGAAUUUGGCUGAGAUUUUUGCUGUUGAAAGUAAAAAUAGAGCAAGCAAAAAUGAAGUAAUUGAUAAGAUUGAAUUCUGUCAAUUACGCUUCUUGAAGUUGUGUGAACUUCCAAGGAUUGCAAGUUUUUACUCAAAUAUCAAUUCCGAGGAUGUGGAAAUUGAUACUGUCAUACCAUUUUUCGACGAAAAGGUUGUUUUCCGGAGUUUGAAAGCCUUAGAGCUUAAAGCAAUUAAUUUUGAGAAGAUUUGGGAUGACAAACUUCCAACGACCUCUUGUUGCUAUCAGAAUUUGGAAAGAUUGAUUGUGGAUGGUUGUCAAAAGCUAAAAUUUGUAUUUCUGUCAUCUAUAAUCGAAAACUUUAAACAGCUUCAACACCUUGAGAUAAGUUGUUGUAAGGAAUUAAAGGAGAUUGUUGCCAAAGAUGAUAAGAUUGAAUUCUAUCAAUUACGCUUCUUGAAGUUGCGUGAACUUCCAAGGAUUGCAAGUUUUUACUCAAAUAUCAAUUCCGAGGACGUGGAAAUUAAUACUGUCAUACCAUUUUUCGACGAAAAGGUUGUUUUCCGGAGUUUGGAAGCCUUAGAGCUUAAAGCAAUUAAUUUUGAGAAGAUUUGGGAUGACAAACUUCCAACGACCUCUUGUUGCUAUCAGAAUUUAGAAAGAUUGAUUGUGGAUGGCUGUCAAAAGCUAAAAUUUGUAUUUCCGUCAUCUAUAAUCGAAAACUUUAAACAGCUUCAACACCUUGAGAUAAACUGUUGUGAGGAAUUAAAGGAGAUUGUUGCCAAAGAAGAAACAGAGGGUACUACUACAUUUAUCUUUCCAAGGGUAGUCUUUUUGAAACUCAGAGAAUUGCCCGAGCUUACAACUUUCUACCAUGAUAAACACAACUCAAAUUGGCCCAUGUUAAAGGAGUUGGAGGUGCAUAAUUGUGGCAAACUAGACAUAUUUACUUCAGAAUAUAAGGUUGUUGUCCCCAAUUUGAAGUUCUUAAAGCUACAAUCAGUCAAUUGUGAAAUACUUUGGGAUAGUCAACUUGUGGCAACUUCUUCUUGUUAUCAAAACUUGACAAACUUGAUCCUGAAUGGUUGUGGAAAACUCCAAUAUGUAUUUUUAUCAUCCAUGGUGAAAAGCUUUGAGCAGCUUAGAUACAUUGAGAUAUGCAAUUGUAAUGUUUUGAAGGAGAUUAUUUCAAAAGGAGUGGAGGCAAACAAGACAUUUGUAUUUUCACGAGUAACCUUCCUAAAACUGGAGAAUUUGCCUGAACUUACAACUUUUUAUCCUGGAGUACACACUUCUGAAUGGCCAGUGUUAAAGAUGUUGGAAGUGUAUAAUUGUGGCAAAAUAAAAACAUUCACUUCAGAAUAUAUGAGCUUCUUCCUGGCCGAAAAGAUUAACCCCAAUUUGGAGAAAUUAACCUUAAGCAGAGCGGAUGACAUGAUAAAAUUUCUGCAUCAGUUUCCAGAAAAAUUUUGUAGAUGUACAAUUGACAUCAAACAGGAUAAAUCUGCCAAUAUUUCGGUUGGCAUCCUUCAGAGAUCGGUUAAGCUAGAAAAACUCAUUCUCUUUGACUGCUCAUACGAGGAGAUAUUUACAUGUGGAGAGGAUGAGAAACAUACAAACAUCUUGAUACAAAUAAAAAGUUUAGAGUUGCGUCAUCUUUCUGAUGCAAAGUACCUUUGGGGAAAAGGCUCCAAACUAGACUCUCUUCUUCAAAAUCUUGAAGUUCUAGAAGUAGAUGGUUGUGAUAGAAUGAUAAAUGUUCUGCCAUCCUCAGCAUCUUUUGAGAAUCUAACAGUUUUGAAUGUAUAUUCGUGUGAUGGAUUGAUGAACUUACUCACACCUGCAAUAGCAAAAAAUUUGGUGCAGUUGAGAGAAAUGCAAAUUAAAAGUUGCAGAAUGAUGACAGAAAUAGUAUCAAAUAAGACAGAAGAUGUAGCAGCAGAAGAUGAAAUUGUUUUUGGCAAACUGAAGUUGUUGUCACUUGAAUACUUACAAAAUCUCACAUGCUUCUACUCUGGGAAUUAUGCAUUGAAAUUCCCGUCUUUGGAAGAACUGACUGUAGAUGGCUGUCCUAUGAUGAAGACUUUCUCUGUAGGAAACUUAAACACACCAAGUUUACAGAAAGUUCAACAAGAUCGGUGGGAUAAACGCAAAUGGAGUUGGAAUGGUCACCUAAAUACAACCAUACAACAACUGUAUGAAAAAGAGGUUAACUCUGAGUCAGAGGAAUUGACACUAAGUGGAAAAGACGUCACACUUAUAUGGCAAGACCAGCUUCCAGAACAUCAGUUUUCCAAAGUGAAAAUUCUUAAGAUCACUAAGGAUGAAUCAUCGAAUAUUCCAAUUGGAAGCCUUCAGAGAUUUAACAAUCUCAAAAAACUUGUAUUAAGAUCGAGUUCAUAUGAAGAGAUAUUCUUAUGUGAAAAAGAUGAGAAACAUGUAAGCAUGCUCACACAAAUAAAGGAACUAGAGCUAUGGGGGCUUUUCAAUUUGGAGUACAUCUGGAAAGAAAAAUCUCAUUUGGGCUCAAUUCUUCAAAAUCUUGAAAUGUUAAAUGUAAAUUUUUGCCACAAUUUGAUUAGUUUAGUGUCGUCUUCAGCAACUUUUGAAAAUCUCAUAACUCUAGAAGUAUGGUACUGUGAUGGAUUGAUAAACUUAGUAUCAUCUUCAACAGCCAAAAGUUUGGUGCGACUUGAAAAACUGAGAUUGUCAGAAUGUAAAAUGAUGGCAGAAGUCGUAUCAAGUGAGGGGAGUACAAAAGCUGAGGAAAUUGUUUUUGAAAAAUUAAAGCUGUUGUCACUUCGUAAUUUAAAAAAUCUCACAAGCUUCUGCUCCGGGAAUUAUGUCUUCAAAUUUCCAGCUUUGGAAGAAUUGAUAGUUCAUGAAUGCCACAAUAUGAAGACUUUCUUUGAAGGAGUCUUAAGUGUACCAAGUUUACGAGAAGUAAAGAAAUUGGAUGGCGAAUUAGGAUGCUGGGAGGGUGACCUUAAUACUACUAUUCAAUUUCUACAUAGAAAAAAGUGAAUAUUCAGAGUUCUGGAAAGGAUGCAGAGCUUACUUCGAUGAAAUCUCCAGAAUAAGGCUAUUUUGUUUGUGGUUUGUGAGGCAUUAUUGCGGCUCAAGUUCCCUGAGUUGAGUUCUGGGAUCAUCCUUUCUGUCGCAAAGCUCUCUCCUGGCCACGGAGCUUAUCGUUUCUUGGUAAGCUAUCAAAAUGGGAAGUUUGUGCUUACAUACUGCAAGUUUCGUUGCGUUGAUUUAUCGGAACUUGCAAAGGCAUUUCUGUCCAAGAUCAAAUAUCAGAUCUAAGUUCUAAAUCAGUUUCAAUUGAUAUUUUUGUUUAUCUUGUCCAGCUACUGGUUCCAGGUGUUCUGCUCCAGAAUAGAUUGUGGAUCCUCUGCUUCCUUGGUUCCCUGUAUUUUUGUUGUGGUUUUAUGAUGCUUGUUUCUCUUUACUUUGUAUUAGCUGAUUAUAAAUUUAUAAGUUUCUUCAUGGGAAUACUGCUGGGAUUCUUGAAUUUCUUUUCUAUUCAUGUAUAUACAUACAAGAGACAUUUCAUGAUGCAUUCAAAAAUCUUGUGCCCUUAAUCUAUAACCAAAUAUUUUGCUGUA